AGGAUUAUGGGGGAAAGUGUCAGAGUGGGCACCAGCAAGAGUUACUGGCCACACUCUGAUGCCACCAAAUUUGGUCGUGAGAAUCCCUGGGCUAGAUACUCAUGAUGGGCCCUUCUGAUCAUAGAGCCUGUGAGUGGAACAGGAGCCGGACACAGAGAUGCUGCAGCGCGAUGGGUUGAUCGCUAGGACCCAGGAGCAGCUGGGAGGCGGCUCUGGGGGGAGCGAUCGCUGGGCUCAGGCCCGGCAGCAGGAAGUGACUCGCAGCCGCUGCGGGGACUCUGGCUCCAGGCUCCCGGCGAGAUCCCCGAGCCCCGGCGGCUGGUGCUGGGAGCCCGGAGCCCGGGCUGCAGCCGGGAGAGGGGAAUCUCCAGCAGGGCCCUUCCCGCUGCUCCCCAGGAGCCUCUCCCAGGGCAGAGCCCCCAGCCCGGCCAGGCCCCUUCCCGGCCCGGCCCCUGCCCCAAGGGUGCCCGAUCGGAGGAAAGCAUUUGGAUCAGAGAUACUGUUACUGGGAGGUUCUGAAGAGUCUGGGGGGGAAUCGGGGUAUGACAUGGACUGAAGCCCCUUCUGUAACCUUCCCAAUCGCCCCGACAAGCUGAAGAAUCACGUCCACAUUUCACUCCAGAUGGGCCCUUCUUCCAGGAGACAGGGAAAGGAAAUGUCUGUGAUGGUGCCAGCUCAGAUGCCGGUGACCUUCGAGGAGGUGGCUGUGUAUUUCACCCAGAGGCAGGGGGCUCUCCUGGACCCCACUCAGAGAGCCCUCUACAGGGAUGUCAUGCAGGAGAACUAUGAGAUGGUAACCUCGCUGGGAUUUCCCAUUCCCAAACCUGAGCUGAUCACACAGCUGGAACGAGGGAAAGAGCCAUGGGUGCCCGAUCUCCGGCCCUGCAAUGAAAGAAGGCUUCCGAGAUGCACCCAUACAGCAGAUGCUGAGCGACGGAGUGAGAAUGACGAGGGGAGUCCUCAUGAGGAAGUUCCCAGGGAAGUGGAAGGGCAGGGGAUCUUUGUGGGAAGAGCUGAAGGGAAUUUUUCCCAGUGCUUAGAGCAGGCAGAAGCCGGGGGAAGUUCACACAGGUCGGAGAGGCUUCUGGGAAACCACCGAGGGAAGAAAGUGGAUGAAUCUAUUAAUGGUGAGGGAAGAGAGGAGGAUUCCAGAGCACUGCAGACAAAUCCCAAGGAAGAGACACCCUGGCACUACCUUCAGUGUGGGAAAGGAUUCAUUGUGAGAUCACAGCUUGUGACAGUUCAGACGAUCCAUAGUAGAGAGAAACCCCUUCAAUGCUUGUACCAUGGGGAAAGCUUCAAUAAGCUCUCAGAUCUUAAUAAGCAUGGGAGAAGCCACACUGGAGAGAGAACCUGUCAAUCCCUUGAGUGUGGGAAAUGUUUAAUUUCAAAGACACAAAUAAUUAGACAUCAGUUAAGCCACACAAGGGAGAGACCACAUCAGUGCUUGGACUGUGGGAAAAGUUUCAUACAAAGGUCAGACCUUGUUAGACAUCAGGCAAUCCACACGGGAAAGAAACCCCACAAGUGCUUGGACUGUGGGAAAUGUUUCACAGACAGGUCAACCCUUGUUAAACAUCAGGCAAUCCACACAGGAGAAAGACUCCACAAGUGCUUGGACUGUGGGAAAAGUUUCAUACAAAGGUCAGACCUUGUUAGACAUCAGGCAAUCCACACAGGAAAGAAACCCCACAAGUGCUUGGACUGUGGAAAAUGUUUCACAGACAGGUCAAACCUUGUUCAACAUCAGGCAAUCCACACAGGAGAAAGACCCCACAAGUGUUUGGACUGUGGGAAAAGUUUCAUAAGAAAGUCAAACCUUGUUAAACAUCAGGCAAUCCACACAGGAGAGAGACCCCACAAGUGCCUGGACUCUGGGAAAAGUUUCAUACAGAGGUCACACCUAGCUCGUCAUCAGGCAAUCCAUCCAGGAGAGAGACGCCACAAGUGCUUGGACUGUGGCAAAAGCUUCAUAAGAAGGUCACACCUUGUUCAACAUCAGGCAAUCCACACAGGAGAGAGACCCCACAAUUGCUUGUAUUGUGGGAAAAGUUUCAUACAGAGGUCACACCUAGUUCGUCAUCAGGCAAUCCACACAGGAGAGAGACCCCACAAGUGCUUGGAUUGUGGAAAAAGUUUCAUACAGAUGUCACACCUUGUUAAACAUCAGGCAAUCCACGCACGAGAGACUCCAGAGGUGCUUGGACUGCUGAAAAAGAUUCAUAUGGAGGAGCUCCUGGACUCUUCCUCCAACCCGGCCGCAGAUGGCACCCCACUAGCGGCCGCCGAGCCUCUUGAGGCAACGGCCAGUGCCAUGCAACCGGGACCCGAGUCGCCAGGGGACUCCCUCAUGGCUGAGGGGCAGCCGACCUCCUUCCCGGGAGACUUUAACGCCACCCUCGAAGAACGUGACCGCUCAGGGACUGAGCAGCACCCGGCCACCGUGGACGUCCUCCGGGAGAUGAUCGAAUAUCACUCCCUGGCGGACAUCUGGCGCGACCACCACCCGGAUGAUGUUUCGACGUUCACUUUUGUCUGGGUGGAGGUCCAUUGGUCGUGCACUCCCAGACUAGUGAGAUUGUGGCUGGAGCAGCAGGUGCUGAGUGGGGGACUUUUGGUGUUUCAGAUGCUGGUGACCUUCGAGGAGGUGGCUGUGUAUUUCACCCAGGGGCAGGGGGCUCUGCUGGACCCCGCUCAGAGAGCCCUCUACAGGGAUGUCAUGCAGGAGAACUACGAGACGGUGACCUCGCUGGGAUUCCCCUUUCCCAAACCUGAGCUGAUUGCCCGGCUGGAACGAGGGGAAGAGCCGUGGGUGUCCGAUCUCCAGGACUGCAAGGAAAGAAGGCUUCCGAGAUACACCCGUACAGCAGAUGCUGAGCGAGGGAGUGAGAAUGAGAAAGGGAAUCAUUAUGAGGAAGUUCCCGGGGAAGUGGAACUGCAGGGAACCUUUGUGGGAAGAGCUGAAGGGAAUUUUUCCCAGUGCUUGGAGCAGGAAAAGGCCUGGGGAAACUGGCAGAGGUCAGAGAGGCUUCUGGAAAACCACCGAGGGAAGAGAGUGGAUGAAUCUAUUAAUGUCGGGGAAGGAGACAAGGAUCCCAGAGCACAGCAGACAAAUCCCAAGGAAGAGACACCCGGGCACUACCCUCAGUGUGGGAAAGAAUUCACUGUGAGAUCACAGCUUGUGACACAUCAGAAAAUCUGUGCUGGAGAGAAACCCUUUCAAUGCUUGGACGAUGGGAAAAGCUUCAAUGAGCUCUCAGAUCUUAAUAACCAUGGCAGCAGCCACACUGGAGAGAAAACCUGUCAAUCCCUUGAGUGGGGGAAAUGUUUCAUUUCGAAGACACAAAUAAUUAGACAUCAGGCAAUCCACACAGGAGAGAGACCCCACAAGUGCUUGGACUGUGGGAAAGGUUUCAUAAGAAGGUCACACCUAGUUCAUCAUCAGGCAUUACACACAGGAUCAAGACCCCACAAGUGCUUGGACUGUGGGAAAAGUUUCAUAGAAAGGUCAGACCUUGCUCAACAUCAGGCAAUCCACACAGGAGAAAGGCCCCACAAGUGCUUGGACUGUGGUAAAAGUUACAUAAGAAAGUCAAACCUUGUUAAACAUCAGGCAUCCCACACAGGAGCGAGACCCCAUAAGUGCUUGGACUGUGGGAAAAGUUUCAUGGAGAGGUCGAACCUUGUUCAACAUCAGACAAUCCACACAGGAGCGACACCCCACAAGUGUUUGGACUGUGGGAAAAGUUUCAUGCAAAGGUCAGACCAUGUUAGACAUCAGGCAAUCCACACAGGAGAGAGACCCCACACAUGCUUGGACUGUGGGAAAAGUUUCAUAAGAAGGUCACACCUAGUUCGUCAUCAGGCAAUCCACACAGGAGAGAGACCCCACAAGUGCUUGGAUUGUGGGAAAAGUUUCAUAAGAAGGUCACACCUAGUUCGUCAUCAGGCAAUCCACACAGGAGUGAGACCCCAUAAGUGCUUGGACUGUGGGAAAAGUUUCAUACAAAGGUCAGACCUUGUUCAACAUCAGGCAAUCCACACAGGAGAAAGAUCCCACAAGUGCUUGAACUGUGGGAAAAGUUUCAUACAAAGGUCAGACCUUGUUCAACAUCAGGCAAUCCACACAGGAGAAAGACCCCACAAGUGCUUGAACUGUGGGAAAAGCUUUGUACAGAGGUCACACCUAGUUCGCCAUCAGGCAAUCCACACAGGAGAAAGACCCCACAAGUGCUUGGACUGUGAGAAAAGUUUCAUAGAAAGGUCAGACCUUGCUCAACAUCAGGCAAUCCACACAGGAGAAAGGCCCCACAAGUGCUUGGACUGUGGGAAAUGUUUCAUAAAGAGGUCACACCUAGUUCGCCAUCAGGCAUUACACACAGGAUCGAGACCCCAUAAGUGCUUGGACUGUGGGAAAAGUUUCAUACAAAUGUCAAACCUUGUCCAACAUCAGGCAGUCCACACAGGAGAAAGACCCCACAAGUGCUUGGACUGUGGGAAAAGUUUUAUAAGAAGGUCACACCUUGUUAAACAUCAGGCAUUCCACACAGGAGAGAGACCCCAUAUGUGCUUGGACUGUGGGAAAAGUUUCAUACAAAGGUCAGACCUUGUUCAACAUCAGGCAAUCCACACAGGAGAGAGACCCCCACAAGUGCUUUGACUGUGGGAAAAGUUUCAUACAAAGGUCAGACCUUGUUAAUCAUCAGGCAUUACACACAGGAGAAAGACCUCACAAGUGGUUGGGCUGUGGGAAAAGUUUCAUAUGGAGCUCUGUCCUCAUUAAGCAUGGAAGAAUCCACAUAGGAUCUAGACUUCUUUGACACAUGGCAAAGAAGGGUUAAGCAACUUACAUGUAAUUGAUUCAGGGUCAAAAUUAUAGAGAGAUUUUAAAAGUGUGUCCACUUUAGAUAAGCUAGAGUUUGAAAUGUAAAUGUGUAUUUUUAAAGACUUGGAAGAAGAGGGCAAGUCACGUAUGAGUAACCUAAUUGCCGUCUAUGAUGAGAUAACUGGCUCUGUCGAAGAGGGAAAAGUAGUGGAUGUGUUAUUCCUUAAUUUUAGCAAAGCUUUUGAUAUGAUCUCCUACAAUAUACUUGCCAGCAAGUUAAAGAAGUAUAGGCUGGAUGAAUGGACUAUAAGGUGGGUGGAAUGCUGGCUAGAUGACUGGCUCAAGGGGUAGUGAUGAAUGGCUCCAUGUCUAGUUGGCAGCUGGUAUCAAGCAGAGUGCCCCAGGGGUCAGUCCUGAGUCCGGUUUUGUUCAGUAUCUUCAUUAAUGAUUUGGAGGAUGAGGUGGACUGCACCCUCAGCA